CUGCAGUUGAGGAGACGGACGCGUCAGUAUCCCAAAACAAGCCUCAACCACGGACCAGAGCCUGCGAGAGUGUUGAGAUGCCAGGGACCUGAACCCUGAGGACACCGACCCUGCAAAUCUAAUAGGCCAUGGAUGCUGCUCCCUCACUAUGGCCCUGGGCUGAGCCAGCGAGGAUGGGCUGGUGGGUGAGAAACUUGAAUUCCUGUGCCUGGAUCCCUCCUCCCACAAAUCCACUAAGAGUGCAACAGGUGACUGAUCUGUGCGCCAGAUUGGACCCGAGUUUGCUGAGCUCUUUGCAAAUUUGCGACUGCUCUCUCCUUAAACCUCCCCCGUUUUUUUUUUUUUUUUUUUCUGAUUGAAUUCCACAAGUCAAGACUCCUGAAAACCCCAGCCCAGAGGAUUAGAUGGCUGGAGAUAUGGCAUGACAGUCAGAGAGCAAGAUAGAGAGAGAAUCAAGCUUGUGUUCUAAACAAUGUAUAUUAUCAGGACUUAAGAGAGAGAGUUAGAAGGAUAAAAAGAAGGAUUCAGACAAUAAGAUGAGAAAGAUCAAAAGCUGAAAGGAUGGAUAAAAAGGGAAGCCAGACAGAAAGACAGACAGACAGAAGGCAGUGAAGAGAGCCAGGCUGAAGAGAAACCAGAGUGGCAAGAAAGGAGCAUUCUGGCGAACUCUUGUCAGACUCAGCAGCUCAGAGAUAAUAGCAGGAUAACCGGCACAGUUCCUUCACUGUUAAUCCUUAAGUCUGCCACAUGAAGACUCCAGAAGGAAAUGUACCUGAUAGAAGAUCCCUGUAUUACCCAGGAUGUUACUUAUUUUAUACAUUAACCAGCAACCUCCAUUCUCCCACUGCCACAAUCAUCUCUAUCAGCAAAGACAUAUACAGGCAGGAAGCGUCAAGACCCAGGCUGGGAUGCUGAGCAGGGGUUGGAAAGAGACAGAGAGUCCUCCUGAGGACAAAGACUGCAGAGGACACCUCCAAACGGGGCACUGCUGCAGAUGGAAGAACCUCAAAAAAUAGAUCCAGGUGACCCCUGGAACCCACAUCUCCUCUCCAGCCCCUGUUUAGUGAGAUGUCAUCAAUAGCACCCUCUUCCACCACCGCCCCAUCACCAAGACCCCGCUCCACCAAGGAAGAAGGGACUUCAGCUUUUGAGACUGCGUCUAGGGACAUCGUAGCCCUUCCACCAUCGAAGGAUCGGUUUCUGAUACAGCCAGUCUCCCCUGAAGGCGCAAGGCGAGCCAUCUGUUACCAGCGUUGCUUCCUGGGGCGGAUAGUCCACCUCGACACACGCCAGAGACACGAUAUCAACCGCGUGAGAAGGAGCCAUUCGCCUUCUUGGCUGCAAGAUGGAAGACCAGGAGUCGACCUGGCAGAAGGGAGGGCUGGAUGCGUCUGAGGCCCUGUCUUGCCUGGACAGUGAGGCCUCUACCCCAAGCUGCACACUGGGGGCCCUGUACUGGGCCUGUGUCCGCAAUGACCCUGCCCAGCUGCAAGCCAUGCUGGAAGAUGGGGUCUCCCCAGAGGAAGCCACCCAGGUGGACGGCAACGGGAGGACAGGCCUCAUGGUCGCCUGCUACCAUGGUUUCCAAAGUGUGGUGGCCCUGCUCAGCCGCUGUCCUUUCCUGGAUGUGAACCAGCAGGACAAAGAAGGGGACACAGCCCUCAUGCUGGCUGCCCAAGCAGGCCACGUGUCUCUGGUGAGUCACCUGAUCAACUACUAUGCAGGCCUUGACCUGGAGCGCCGGGACCAGCGGGGACUGACCGCGCUGAUGAAGGCCGCCAUGCGGGAUCGCUCAGAAUGCGUCGCUGCCCUCCUCAUGGCAGGUGCUGACCUGACAGCCGUGGAUCCCGUCCGGGGCAAGACCGCCCUGGAGUGGGCGUUUCUGACAGACAGCUUCGACACGGUGCAGAGGAUCCGGCAGCUGCUGCGGCGGCCCCAAGUGGAGCAGCUCAGCCGGCAUUAUCAGCCUGAGUGGCCAGCCUUGCCCGGGCUCGUGGCCCAGGCUCAGGCCUCCCCGUCUCUCCUAGAGCGACUGCAGGCCACCUUGACCCUCCCCUUUGCGCAGUCUCCUCAGGAAGGGGGUGUCCUGGACCACCUUGUAACCAUCACCACCAGCCUGGCCAGUCCUUUCCUCACCACCGCCUGCCACACUCUGUGCCCUGACCACCCCCCCGCACUGGGAACCCGAAGGAAGUCUGUACCCGAGCUGCUGGGCACUGCCCCGCCCCCGCCCCCAGCCCCCCAGCCCCCUCAGGAAGUCCCCGGCCCCCGGGUCUUCACCCCCUACCAGAGCCCUCAGGGUGUGCUGAGCAUGUGCCCCCAGUGGCUCCAGCCCAGGGAUAGUACCAGCCCCAGGCCCCGAGCCCCCAAGAUCCUCCUGUCCAAGGCACCCUCAGCUGGCUUUCAGUGGAAGCCAGAGCCCAGGGCUUCAGGGAACCGAAGGCUGUCCCUUCCUGUCUGGAGAUACCAGGAGCUCAGGAUGGAGAGGAGGAGACAGGAGGAGGCCGGAUUGGCACAGAGCCAGGGGAAGACCGGCUAGGCAGGGCUGGGAGCAGGUCACCAGGGCCCUCCCUUAGGCUCCUUUGCCCUCUAGAGGCCCUUCAGCCUUCCCUCAGCUUCUAAGUGGCUCUGCCCUCAGGCUGUGUACAGGGUUAUUCAUACAGCAUUGUUUGCAAUAAUAAAAGAGUGGAAACGACCUAAGUGUUCAUCAGUAGGGGGCUGGCUAAAUUGAUUUUGAGUAUAAAUACUGCAUAACCAUAUGAUGUAUUCUAUACAGUGGCAAAACAAGAGUAAGGAAGCUCUUUAUAUUCUGGUGUGAAACUACCUUCAAGAUGUAUUAAGUGAAAAAAAAACCAAAGGGUAGGACAGUGUAUAUGGCUUGAUACUAUUUGUCAAAGCAAAAUUUGCACCAAGGUAAACUUGACUAAUACAGAUACAUAGUGAGAACCAAGAUUUAUUUAACUAUUUAAUGAGUAAACCAGCAGGAUGGAUCAAAGGAAGAAAUGAGGACUUCCCUUGUGGUCCAGUGGUUAAGAGUCUGCAUUCCCAAUGUUAGAGGCCCAGGUUUGAUCCCUGGUCAGGGAACAAGAUUCCAUGUGCUGGGACAGCCAAACAAAUAAUAUUUUAAAAAAUAAGCUUAGAAAAAAGGAAGAAAUGAAAAAUUAUUAUUGACAUUCAGGGGGAAAAAGAAUGCUUGAAUAAGACUGCAAAAUUAGAUACAAAGAAAUUAAUUCCUACUUGGCAAUAAAACCAUAACUUUUUUUUUCCUACCUGCAAAAAAAUUUGCUAUUCAUCAAUCUUCUACAGGUUAACCUCUUUAUAGAGUCUACACACUAAUCAAUCAAUAGCAAAUCAUGUAGCAGUUACUUCCCCCGGCUGACCCAUAGGUGGGGUUAUUAGCCAAUGAUCUAAAAUAACUCUGAAAGGACAGAUUUUUUUUGAUGUGCCUUAUUUGCAAGUUUUGGAUGUUUUCUAUUAACAUAUUUGUUGCAUAAAUAUAUUUGCUUACUUAUAUGCAAUAAUAAAAGCAAACACUUAUAAGACGCUUACUAUAUACAUUAAUACAUUUAACACUCCCAAUAAUUUUAUGAGGAUUUUAGCUUUGAGGGCAUAAGGCAAGAACAGGGUAAGGAACUGCCAGUGUCACACAGCUAGAAACCAACAGAGAUCAAGACUGAGGGCCAGUUAUUCCAGUUGUGGGGGCCAGACUCUUAACACCAAACCAUGCUGCCUCACUGGAACCCUCCUGGAAAGAGGCAUGGUGGUUUGGAGGGGAAGAAACCUGAGCAGAUGAUCAAGGGUAGA